AUGUCAUCCAAUGGUUCAAGGGGUAAUUAUAACCCUAAUGGACGAUAUGGUGGCGAUAGAUAUGAAUAUACUGAUUAUGGCAAAGUGCGCAAGAAGAACUAUUAUUCCAGUUCUUCAAGACGAGAUUUCAGAGCCCAGUUAAGUGGUGCAAAUAAAAUAGCUUUAUCUGGUCCGAUACGAGAUAACGACAGCACUGGUAAUAAUAAUAAUAAUAAUAAUAAUAAUAAUAAUAAUAAUAAUAAUAAUGGUUCAUAUGCUUCCAACGGUAUUAGUCGAAGUAACUCCUCAGGGAAUAUACCAACGUUAUCUGCUGGACAACACCAACAACUGCAACUACAACAAGCUCCAUCUUCCUCAGCAUCAACUUCAUCUUAUUCAACUGCUUCCUAUGGAAGUUCAGGUAAUAACAAUAUCAAUAAUAGCACCAAUAAUAACAAUUCCAACUCGUAUUACGGUGGUUAUGGUGGUUAUAAUAGCAUUAAUAAGCUGAAACAAAAUGAACCAGGUGAUUAUGGUCCUAACAAUAACUUUUACGGUGGAAGAGGGUCAGGCUCCAGUACCCACUCAAAUGAAACAUGGGGAAAUCGUGGGAAAGCAUCGGCUUCAAGAGGAAGCUCAUUAACGUCAACUGAUUAUAGAAAAGAAAGAUAUGAAUAUUCAGACCCACUACCGAAUGGUACAUCCAAAUGGAAAUCUUCAUAUGGCAGUCGAAGUUCACUAUCUGGAUCACUAGGUGGAAGAUCCUAUAGUAAAUGGGGUGCUUAUUCAUCCUUUGGUGGCUCUAAAGGUACUGGUUCUUCUGCAUUAGUGAACAGUACUGGAGGAAGUAAAAGGAAUAUUAAUCUGACUCCUGGUGGUGGUGGAGGAGGUAGAGGUUCUUAUACCAAUCUAAACUCAAAGUUUUCAGUUGAUAGAUAUUCUACUGCUAGAAGCAAAGAUUAUGUCAAGAAGAAGAGUCCUAGAGAAAGCUCGAAAGAUUACCACAUCGAUGAAAGGAAGGAAGAUAAUCGCAGUAAUAACAACAAUAAUAAUAAUAAUAAUGCUGGUGGCGUGAAUGAUAACUUGCGUGAUGACAACGACAACGAUAACGAGUUGGAUGCUGAGACUGAGGCUAAUCUGAUUAAAUUAUCCCAAGAUGGGGAUAUGAUGCGACAUUACGAUGACAAAGAUGUUGAUAUGGAUGACUUAGAAGGAAUAGAAGGAGAUAUCAUGGAUGAAGAUGAAGAAGACUUGGAAGAAGACGAUGAUGAUAAUGAUAAUGAAGGACAUACCUCAAUUGUUGUUGAAGAGCUGAAACAAUAUGAUGAAGUUUUACAGAAGAAGAAGGAAUUGGUGAUAAAUUCAAUGGACUCUACUUCUACAGAGAAUGAUGAUGAAGUAUUGUAUUACCCUGAAGGUUGUAAUUAUCCCUUGAACAAGCUUGAAUCCAGUUAUGUUGAGCUUGAAAAGGAAUAUAAAGCUGCUAAUGAAUCUUUAAAGUAUUCACUUGUCAAGCCUGUUGAAAGUCUUUCAGAUUAUCCGUUUUACAAAAAGAAUCUUAAAGCAUAUGAUGUUCAUAAUAUUUCUUUGGCCGGUGCUAUGAAAGCCAAACUGCUUUUGAUUCGUAAGAAGAGACUUUCUCUUUGGAAAGAUUAUGAGAAGACUUUUGAAGAUUAUACUAUUUCAUCUGAGAAAAUGGAUCAACAGUUACGAGUGAUUCAUCCUUCCGAUGAUGAAAUGAGAAGAGAAAUAGAUUCAAGUGAUAACAAGAAGGUUGCACCUGAAUUCGAUGAUUCUUAUUAUGCCAAACCACCACCUACUACUUCACGUCGUAGUAGAAGACAUGGAGAUUUGGUUACUACUGAAGCUGAGUUUGAAGAGGUGUUGAAGUCUUUGGAAAGACAAAGCGAUGAAGAUCCAUUGCUAAGAGCUCAAAAGGUUGCAGCAGAAAUUCCCGAUAUGAUUUUAGAUCCAAUUGAAAGAAACUGCUUUAUAUAUAUGGAUUCCAAUAAUGCUGUUCAAGAUGUUGAAGCUUGGGCAAAUAGAAUCACCUAUGAUUUUGAUACCAAUUUCCUGGAGAAAGAACAUACAUUAUUCACUGAAGGUUUCUGUCAUCAUCCAAAAAGAUAUGGAGCCAUCUCCCGGUUUAUGGGUGGCCUAAGAACACCUGAAGAUUGUGUUCAUUAUUACUAUAAGACCAAGAAGAACGUCAACUAUAAGCAAAUCCUUAUUCAACACAAGAAGAAGGCUAGCAAACGAUCUGUUAAACGUGGAGGUAAGGGAAGAUCCAGAAACUCAUCUCAAGUUCAUGCAAGCGCACCACCACCACAACCAUCCGUGGAGAAGGAGAAGGAGGCAGAGGAUGAAGAAGUGCGUAAUAACAGUGUUGUUACGCCUGUUGUUACUCGAGAGCACAGCAGUACAAAUGUACCUGAUACUAUCACCUCCAAUUCAACCAUAAGUGAACCUCAAAGUGAGACUAGUCCUAAAGGUGACGAGGUUGUCACCUCAGAAACCCUAAAAAGCCAUACCGAAGAAGGUCAAGACAAAAAUAAGUUGGACCGUGAUGAAUUCCCUGAUAAACUAGUUAAUAGGAAGAGAAUCCGCAAAGAAGACAAUACAGAAACAACAACAGGAACGAAGGUGUUCAAGAAAGAUCCUAUUGCUGAAGAUAAAAACACAACAAUAUCCAAUAAUGACGACUCUUCAUCAAAGAGAAGUAUCUCCAGUUAUUGGAGUAUCAAUGAAGUUACACAGUUCCCUUCAUUACUCGAAGCACACGGUACUAAAUGGGUCAUUAUAGCGGAUAUUUUGGGAACCAAAACCCCUACUAUGGUUAAGAAUUAUUACCAAAGAAAUGCCGAUAAAAACGGAUGGUCAGAAUCGUCAAUACAAUCCCCUAACACCACCACCACAGAAUUAUAUGAUAAAUACCCACCACCUCCUCCAGUCACUACUACUGAAUUAGUUCCUCAAUUACCAACUCCAAUCGAUGUGGCAGGGCUACCCAAACCUCCACCAUUAACAACAACGUCAUUUGUUUCACCUUCACCUUUGCCGCAUUCUUCUUCAUCCUUUCCAAUUGCUGCCCCCACUUCAUACCCUCCAAUGUCUUCUGCUGCUGCUAUUAUUGCACCGACAACCGACAUCAACAAUGGCUCUUAUCCUAUUGUUCCAGUCACUCCACAAGUGCCAACUCGUUCAACUAUCAUGAGUCUCUUGAAUGGGCCCAGCCCAGUUAAACCUGAUUCCGUUCCCCCUCAGAACACAAGCCACAAAAGCAAUGUUCGAAACCUCCUCAACUAA